AUGAGCGGACCCAACGUGGACGUACCUAUGGGCGAUGCCCUCCUGAUGGCUCAGCGUCAGAUGCUGUCGUCGCUGCCGCCCGCGCUCUUCCUGCGAGCGUCGGAGCGAUAUCAGCGCACGCCAAAAUGCGCCCGCUGCCGCAACCACGGCGUUGUAUCCGCACUCAAAGGUCAUAAACGUUAUUGCCGAUGGCGUGACUGUGUUUGCGCUAAGUGCACGCUGAUAGCUGAGCGGCAGCGGGUGAUGGCAGCGCAGGUGGCGCUCCGGCGGCAGCAGGCGCAGGAGGAGAACGAGGUGCGCGACCUAGCAUUGCUUUACCGAACUUCCGCCACCUCCGGGGGCAGCAGCAACAGCAGCCCUGGCACAGCCGCCGCUCCUGGAGGUGGAGGACCCCAAGGACCCCCGCCCGUCACCGCCGACCCCUUCCCCGCUCACGACCUCCUUCUGCCCCCACAUCUUGCUCUCUCUAUCUCCCUGCAACAACAACAGCACCAGCAACAGAGACCCAUUUACACAUCUCCGUCCUCGUCGUCUUCAGAUCAACUGUCUCCAGGUAAGACCUCGGUUUUGUGA